GUCAGAUAUUAGAGUAAGUGAUCGUCUUGGUCUCUUUUGAACAUGGCGGGUGGUCCACCUCCGCAAACUCCCCCCCGGCCGUCCAGCGCCGAGGCGAUGGGACCCACGACCCCCGGCGUGGGGGCGGGCGAGCCCGCCUUUCGGCACACCAUGGACCGCGAACAGCUGGAGGCUGUGGUUGGCACCAUCAACGAGGCAUCGGAGGCCAUCCGGAAUAUUCACAUCCACGCCACCUAUAUCCAGAGCUAUGCGCGGAGCGCCACGGCUACUGCCAGCGGUUUAGAGGACAAGACCAGUUUCUUCCUGGCCGGGUUGCUGAAGUUGAACGCCAUCGUGGAUGCGCAGUCCGCCCAAGUGAUCGGACAGCUGUCCGUAUGAGAGAGCACAACUCCCCCUCCCCUCCAUUUGAAUGGCAUAAACAGCAACACAAGUGCUGGCAUAAGUGCAGCUUUUGCAUGACAGACUCGCGACCGAAUCUAGUGCUGUUUCGGCUUCCGAAAUCUGUCAUGCAAGAUGUGCCAAAGAGAGAAGGGUGGACUUGGUAUUUUGCAUGACAAAUGUAUGAGGGGAAGGGGGAGUUGUGCAUUGUCAUAGUCCGAGUUCGUCCGGGAGGCCGCGCGGCGCUUGGAGCGGGCAACGCAGCGGCUGGAAACGUUGGAGAUUCAACCGUUCCUCGACGAGGUGAAGGGAAACAUCAUUUUGGUCACCGUCCCGCUCAUCGUUUUGAUCCUGGAAGUCUUCGUGUUCGCCGGCUAUCUAGGGAUGAUCCUCGCGUCGCAGGAGACCGUGCCGAUCCGAAUCCGGGGGCAUCUGGUGGUCGGAAGCGGGCUCGCGGCCGCGUGCUUUUUGUUAGCAAUCAUAUGGUAAGUAAGUCUAAGGUAAGUAAGUCCGAUAGUUACCUUAAAUCGUAGUUGUCGUGUAUAGGUUCUUUUUGGUAAUUUGUUGCUGCUGGCAGACACUCGACAACGUGCGGUGGAAAAAUCAUAGCGAGCAUGACUCCUGCUGCGUCGUACUAUGGUUGUAGGCCUUGAAAUGAUUUUGAUUAUAAAAAAAUGUAUGUUAAAGGUUUAUGGGCGAUCGACUGAUCAACGUUCUCCGCGAAUACCGUAAGCGGAAGCUUCGGCGUAAAGCCCGUCUAGAGCGACUCGUGCGCCGCAUGAAGGCGCAACAGGUCGUGGGCACCCCGCUCGAACUUCAGGUGCUACUCCAGGACCCCGCGAGCCGCAAAGCGCUGGAGCAGAUGGGUUCGCUGCAGCACGGCGUGGCGUCGGUGACCGAACGGCCGCAGUUCCCCGCUCCUGUGCAGCCACAGGACCGGUCGCCGUCGGUCCGGUUUGCGCAGUCGCUCUGGAGCAAGAUGCCGAUUUCUCCCCGCGCCCUGGCGAAUAAGUUGAGCAGCCUGCCGUCCCCGAAGACCAGCGGGGGCAAUAUUUUCGCCCGGAUAAAGCAGCGGCGGAAGGAAAAGCUCGCGCAAGAACUUGUAGAACUCGAGCAGCAGCUGGAGAAGCAAACAGAAGCUUUGAAACAACAGAUCGCCCUGGGAACGCCGACUUCGGAAGUGGUAAGUCGCUCGCCCCUGGUCUCGCCUGGGGUUUGAAGAUGAAACAAAUGGUAGGCUUUAUUUGCAGUAUAGAUGUUGCAUACUAACCGCAGUUGGAGCUGAAGAUAAAAAUUCUUUAUACGGUUUUGAUUCGAAUAAUUUUGUUUCGCAUCGUGCCUCCGGUUUCGUUCUUUCAGGAAUACAGUACGGUCGCGAAGAAGAUGGUUAAGUACUUAUAUACUUACUACAUUUUGGAGACUUGUCGUCACCUGAGAAAGUAGACAGCCAAGAUGAAGGAAAGAAGGUCCUUCAGGUGCCCUGCAGUAUGAGGAUCACUUUCGGAGAUGGAGUAGGUACCAGAAGUACCACCUCUACCUUUGAGCAGCCAGCGAAGAUUUCGAUGUCCGUAGACGUGCAUAAUUUCUGGCCCUGAAUCAGGACGAGGAUGAUCACGUAAAAAUAACAGAUAGGAGCUGCGUACUAUCAGACCCAGUGUAUUUUGAGAAAGAUCUCACAACGUUGGCAGUGCGAGUACCUGGGACGGACGAUGACUUUGUUUCUGUUUCGCAAAGCAAGAACCACGCAACAUCACGAUAAGUAUUCCUACCGUAAGACUUGGCAAAGGAUCUAUUUCAGAAGUACAACUGCCGCGACGACGUGUGAGUAGUAGUGUUUACAUCACGAGCAAGACCGACGAUGUUCGAGAUUUUUAUUCCGACGCCCGUAGUCCUCCUAACCAACGCCCAAGCGCGGACAAAGAUCUAAGUACAUCUAGU